GUGCGAUAAAAUAAGGGAGAAGAGAGGGAUUUACACAGUUUAUAAAAGGAAAGUACUUUCUCUAAUUUCUCAUUCAUUUCACUUAGUACAUACUUUUCAAAGUUGAGGGUCUCAUUUCUUUUUUCUACAAAUUCUAAAAAUGCGUACAAGUUUGGUACUUAUCUUAGUGUUGGCACUUGUGCUGAAUGCGACAGCAAUAAGAAGGAGAAGAACGUCUCAAUGCAAUAAUAAAACAUCAUGUAAAUUAUAUGCUAAAUAUGAACUAUUAGAUGAUUGUGAAGAAUCUUAUGAAUGUAGGAAAGUAAAAAGAAGGGUGUAUUAUUAUUUCGAUGACAUAGGCGAUUAUUAUUGGUAUUGUCCACCAGUUACAUACGUUCCAACUGUAUACUAUCCAGUUUAUUAUGCACCAUGUUAUCCAACUUGUAGAAGGCAAAAUGAAGAUGGUUUCAUUGAUUACUACUAAAUUUACAAAAGUGGAAAGAAAUUUCUUAAUGUCGUAAAAAAAUUUUACUAAAAUUUGUUGACCCUCCUAAUUUGACGACGUUUAUCGACUGAAAAAUGUAUAUAAAGUAUUUGCGACAAUUUAUACUAUUUCCUUGAAAGAAAUAUAAAAAAAUUCUUUUAGAGACAAUAUUUUUUUAAAUAUAAAGUUAAAAUUUUUUUUUCUAUAUUAAAAAUAAGUAUGUACAUAAAAUUAUUAACAGAAAACUGCCAAACUUGUAAAAUAAAAUUUGAAUAUUUUUAUAUUUUGAAUUUGUAUUGUCAUAUCGAUUUUUUUUAAACAACUGUAUAAAUUAUUAUUAUUAUUAUUAUUAUUAUAAAAUUAAAUAAUUUAUAAUGCAAAAA